AGUAACGUCUCGGCAGGCGUGCAAGAACGACAGGACGAAACGUGGCGCCGCCGGUCAAGACGCCAUGAGGACGCACAACGCCGCCCAGGAUUACCGACGCUGAGAAAUCAGCCAGCAUGCCCGGUGUGUCGUCGGCCUUCCCCUCGGUGGGGGCCAUGGGCCGGAGGAACUGCCUCAGCGGUGUCGCGCUCCUCGUCGUCGUCGCCUGCUUCGCCGGCUCGGUGCUGAGCGACGAGACCGGGCCCGUGUACGUGGCCCGGGCCGAGGCUCUGACGCAGGCCGUGGUGGCGCAGACGGCCCUGCCCACGGUCACGGUCCGAGGCUUCCUCAACUUCCGCACCACCGUGGACGGCACCGUGAUCGUGUUCACGCCGGCCUCGGACGCCGCCAAAGCACCGCCCACGGCGUCGCAGGCGCCCACGCACAAGGCGCCCCAGGCGCAGCAGACGACCAACGUUUUAGGGUUCGAGAUCGUGGGCGGCGCCAAUGAGGUCCUUCCGCCGCCGUCUACCACGACGCCUCCGCCGGCACUGCCUAGCCGGACGUCGACAAGGGCACCCGUCAGAACGACUACGAGUAGCAGUAGGGCCACCAGUAGCAGGGCCGCCGCCACGGCCAGAAGCAGCGCCGCCAGCAGCACCUCCAGUCGACCCCAGUACCCGACGGGACUGGUCACCGUACUCGGAGGAACACACGUCAAUGGGGGAGCGACGACCAUCCACGAGACGAAGGUGAUCGGCACCUACAUCGACGGCAAAUACGCGCAGAUCCUGCAGAGCACGUCGCGCAUCAUGCACGCCUCGUCGUCGACAGAACGGCCGACCCAGGUACGGCCCACGCCGGCGUUCAAGGCGCCGGAGCCCACACCGGCGGCCAGCCUGCCCGUCGAGAACAGCCGCAAGCCCGAGCUGUCACCCAGCCCGAGGCAGCAGCAGGUCAUCAGGGACAACACGGCACAGGGCUCCAGCGGUAAGCGUCACACCCUCCCACUGCAGGCCUCCAAGGAAGAGAGGAUCCACCAUCGGCCUCGGAAGUACGGCGUUACCAGCAGCAGCACCGCCUCGAGUACCACGACUGCGUCGCCGUCAUCGACGGUGCUUCGGUCCUCCUUCCGCAGUCCGGAGGUGUCUUCGAGCAGGCUGUUUCCCCGACGGACGCAGUCAUUGCCGGGCUUCAAGACGUCCCGGUUUCGGGGACCGCAGUCCUCCGAGAGUCACUCGGACAGCCUGGACGAGAACACCAUCGUGGUGACUCGGAGCAGGCUCAACCACCGCAGCGGGUCGGCGCCUCCGGGCAUCGGAGGCACGCGCCUGAGAUACGUACCGGCCAGGAACACACACACGGUGCGGCUGAACCGAUUCAAGGUGCGGCUCACUGCGAGGCCCGACCAGCCCCACGAAUCCGAAGAACCUUCGUCACACCCGGCGGCAGCGGCGAUCACAACGGACAUGGCGAGUCCUAGCGCACACCCGGGAGACGAAGACGUCGACCCCCUGGUCUCCAUAGACCCCGCCCGGGUCCGCUACGAACAGACCACAGUCACCAGUCUUGUCACCCUCCACGUCGGUCAGGGCAAGUCCGUGGUCCGCACCCUCACGCUCACUACCUCAGUCGCGCGUACUCUGGAGCCCUCGGAGCUCUUCUCCAACGGCAUCCUGGAAGGCUCAGAGUCCCUGAAUGCCAUCACGGCCACUGCCGAAGCCUCGGAGCAGCAGACGCCGCCGCUGGUCGUCUCCCGGGUCUACUCCACCACGGAGCACUCGUGGAGGACGUCUCUGGUGCCAAUCUUCGACGGCCUGGCCACCACAACUCACACGCUCACCGAGAGCUUCAUCAUCCGCAAGAUCGUCACGGCGUACCGGACCAUGCCGCCCGGAGACCUGCUGGGGCUGGACGAGCGCAAUGUCACGCUGGACCUCGACUCGGAGCAGUACUUUCAGACGCUGCUCCAGGGCGGCGCACCUCCCGCCCCGACGCCACUCCAGCAACUCCAGUCGCCGUCGUCUCCCGAGGCCUCCUACCUGGCCCUACCAUCCGACGGCAACCGGCCCGUCCAGCUGGCCAACCCGCUGCUCAACAACCCACUGGCCGCGGUCUACCUCGGACUUCAGCAGCUCAACCAGCAAGUCACCCUCUACUCCACUGUCACCCAGAGCAGCGUCUACACAACCACCGAAACCGUGUAUCACACAAAGGUCGUCAGCUUCUACGACGGACGCCGCACCCGCUCCCGCACGCUGUCAGAGUCGCUGUCCACCACCGAGAAGACGCUGACGAGCUUUUCGACGGCCGUCGUGCCGUACAUCAACACGCAGGCCCUCCAGCUUCAGCAGCUCCAGCAGCAGCAGCUUCAGCGGCUGAUCGCGACGCAGCUGCCGCAGCUCACCAAGCCCACGCCCCAGUUUUCCACGGUGACGUCCACCUACACCACCGUCACCACGGCCACAAGCUACAGUUCCAAGAUCUACACGCUCAUCUACAACGCGUUCAGCACCCGGUUCCGCACGGUGACCAGCUCGAGUGCGUACAAGACCACACUGACCGUCACGUCCACCUCCUCCUACCAGAUCCAACCGACUACCGCGGCACCUCUGCUACCGCAGUUGGCACCCCUAGGACAGCUGCUGGCGGCACCCUAGCCCACGUGUCGUUCGCGUGCGCUCACGUGGUACCCGUCUUCGGAAACAAAAGGAAACGAAAUCAACAGAGAGGUGAUCGCGGCGAGCGGUGGGCCAUCUUUCCCGUCGGCGAUUGCGCUGGGACAACGAGCCGGCGAGAAGGUGCCAACGAUCAUCGGCACACAGCGAGUUCGGUCAACGGUCCGGAGGCCCUCUUGCAGCCCCCAUGAACAAGAUACUCCUUCGAAACUUACGGUACGGCUCCAGAGGAUUGCUCAAACCAACCCCGCAACAUCUGAGUGCACCAUCUUCGACCGAACAGGUUCCUUCGGGUUCAGGAACCGGGGUGUCCUCGAGAGCCGCAGCGCGUGCACGUGAAGGACUCCCAAGAUUGGCGCCCAUGCCCGCGUGCUGCGUGCCACGUCGCUGGUGUCAGACAACGGGCGUUGUGAUACUGUCUGAGUGGUUCCCUCCCCCCCUCCCUCCCCUCCUCCUCCACCAACCAUGCGCGCAACGUUUUUUUGGCUGGGACAGUGUGCUUAUUUAUUAGACGAGCGUGACAUAUGCGUGGCAACGCGAGCAGGUUGCCCCGCUCUGCAGGGAAAACUGGAAGCCCUCCGUCUUUUGUUCAUACUUCCCGUUUUUGUUGCCAAUUACUGUACCGACAAUUGUUAAUGUAAAAAAGAAUAAAAUAUACUUUUUUUUCCCC